AUGGACGAUUUGUUUGAAGGCUAUAUAGUGCUGGAUGGCAUAGGAGACUUCCUCGAAUCCAGUGUUCCGGCCAACGGUCCCAAAGCACCUGGAGUUGCGCAAAUCGAACAGCAUGCAGGACUCUCGAAGCAAGCCAUACGACCGAAAACAGAUAACCCAAACGAGCCUGACCAACGCACUACUAUAUCUAGCGGCGACACGGCGGCACCCGGAGGAUUACGACAGCGACGCGGGCACACUAAAAGUCGUAUGGGCUGUAUUCCAUGCAAGCGGCGCAAGAUCAAGUGUCCAGAGACAUGGCCGUCAUGCACAAAUUGCGACAAGCGCGGACUGGUUUGUAGAUACCCAGAUGUAUUCAAGCAUGCGCGCCGUGACUAUAUACAGCCAGAAACGCCCAGUCCACGUCAGGUUGUUAAACUUUCUGACACACCUACUAUCUACAGUGCAGACGAUAUGCAGUUGUUCCAUCACUAUUUCAUCGCGGCACACCCUUGCAUCCCACACGAUUGGAAUGAAAUUUGGGUCAAAGAUAUCCCCAUGAAAGCCAAUCAAUAUCCAUAUCUCAUGAAUGCUAUGCUCGCUCUGGCUGGAUCGCAUCUUGCUAUUCAAGUUGAAAACCCAAAGACUAGUAUUGCACUGCAACACCGCCAAAGAGCAAUUGUUGGACUCGAAGACUCCUUCUCUAGAUGGCCUCCGACUGCCGAGGAAUCCCAUAUCAUGCUUGCCACAUCUUACUUGCUGUGCUUUCAGUCCAGCUACAUGGAAGACGGCUUUUUGGAGCAUUUUCUGUCUCUACGAGGAUGCUCGUUCAUUUCUCAGUUAAUCUUGGACGAAGGCCUCCGUGGCCCUUUUUCCGAACAAAAGAACUUAGGCAUGAUACGUAUGGACACAGCGUUUACGAAUUUCCCUGUAGUGGACCAGGAACUUCUAUGCGAGGCUCUACUAUCUAUAAAGAGCUUCUCUAGCCUGAUGACUGGAUCCGGUGUGCGUUCCAUUGAGAAGGCUAUUGUUGGACAGCUCAUUGAAACGCUUCAGUGUCUGCUGCAGUCAGACGUUGAAGAUCUCGAACCCGAAGAAGCGUUUCAUUCAAACCCUGAAUACGUUGAAGAAAACGACACAUCUGGUUUACCAGGUUCAUUCGCAAUGCUGGGUUAUACGAAAGCAAGCACUCUGCCACAAAUGGCUUCGAGACCCAACUCGCCUUCCGAUUUAUAUGCGUUCGCCAACCCAAUUUUGCCAGGAGACCUUGGCGUAGUGUUUGACGAAGUCGACUGGGAAAACCUCACAACCGCGCCACCGGGCGCUCCCUACCCCCUCCAGUCUUUUAUAGCCGUUAUGGCCAUUCUCACUAUCUUCUCUACCUGGCCACAUGACGAGCUCAUGCACAUCUUUGAUACCACAAAUCAACUCAGUAACAUCGUCAUGGCACACUUUUGCGCCAUACGUUUCGUACUCUCGCCGCUAUCAGCGCCCAGGAAUGCAGUGACAACCCCUACGAGGGCGACUACUCAAUGGUGCUCCAGGAUCAUAGCAGCCAUAGAUGAUGAUGAGAGUGGAGAGUGGGCUCAGUAUGUGGAAUGGCCGAAAAAGAUACUUCGAUGUAUGGAAGCUUGCAUUGGGAAACAUAAAGGCUUCACCAUGGAGGAUGUGCGCGAUAUGCUGUUGCGUGAUCCUGGGGCGUUCAAAGAAGGAAGAGGACGGAAUUACUGA